AUGUCGCAAAGAAAAUUACAACAAGAGGUCGAUAAAUUGUUAAAGAAAGUUAAAGAAGGCUUGGAAGAGUAUGACUUGAUACAUGAUAAGUUCCAAGCGAGUGAUCCUGACAAUACUUCAUAUAGAGAGAAAUUGGAAUCAGAUUUAAAACGAGAGAUUAAAAAAUUACAAAAACAUAGAGAUCAAAUUAAGACAUGGUUGAGUAAAGAAGAUAUUAAGGAUAAAGUGCAACAAUUGACAGAGAGUAGAAGACUGAUUGAAAUUGAUAUGGAGAAAUUUAAAACUAUUGAAAAAUUGAUGAAAACAAAACAAUUUUCCACUGAAGCUUUAAGUAAUCCAGAUAAGUUUGAUAUUAAUAAUUUCAAUAAAGAAAUUGUAGAAACUGAGGAAUUUCAAUUUAUUAAAACAUGCAUUGAGGAAUUACAACUUCAAUUGGAGAAAAAUGAAAUGAUUAAGAAUGAUGAAAAUAUAGAUUCUACUGAAUGUGAAAAUAAAAUUUCAAGAUUAGAAUUUCAUAUAUUAAAUUUAGAAAAUCUUUUAAAAUUAUUAACAAAUGAAGAAAUAACUAAAGAAACUAUUAAUGAUUUCAAAGAAGAUAUAAAAUACUACGUUGAGAACAAUGAAGAUCCAGAUUUCAUUGAAUAUGAUACCAUUUAUGAAGAUAUGGGUUGUGAAGUUAAGAAAGAAACAAUGGAGGAAGUUAACAAUGAUGGUAACCUUGAGUCAACCAAUACAGCAUCCUCGAGUGUUACAAACACUCCUUCAAAGCUUAAAAAUGUCGAUAGAAAUGCUUUCCCAAAGAAAUCGAAAUCAUCAACAACUUUAUUAAAUGACAAUAUCAGUAAUGAUUCAACAACAAAAUUAGUCAAGAAGAAGGAAACAACUUUGGAAUCAAAUAAAAAUAAAGAAGACAGUGAUAAAGUAUCAAAUAUUAAAUUUCCCGAAGAUAUGACACAAAAGAUUGAUGAAAUUAUCGCAGCAGAUAUGGCAAAUUACGAAGCAUUCAAUAAUCCUCUAUUUAAAGAUGAAUUGAAAUAUUUAUUAAAUGCUAAAAGGAAGUUAAUGCAACCAUAUGCAAAAAUGCCAGAUACUAUGAUCCAACAAUUGGAGUCAUCACUAUUGAAUUGUCCUGAUUCAUUGGAUGCAGACACUCCAAUUUAUUAUAAGAAACCAUUGUCUUUGCCUCAUCCAACAUCAGUAUUUUUUCCAAAUGAACCAAUUAGAUUUGUGUGCCCAAUGGACGUCCAACCUCAGCAACGUUUGAGUGCAGAAAAUACUGAAAAUUCAAAUAAAAUAAAUGAGAAUAAUGCUGAUGAAGAUAACAUAGAAGUAAAUGAUAUAUAUUCAAGAACUUCAUUGGCUAAAAUAUUCAGGAAAUUCGAUCUGGACACUUUAUUUUUCAUUUUCUAUCAUUAUCAAGGUACUUACGAACAAUUUUUAGUUGCAAGAGAAUUAUCAAAAUGUAGAAAUUGGAAAUAUAAUAAAGUGGAUAGAAAUUGGUAUUUUAAAGAAGUCACUAAAUCUGCACCAGAUAUGGCACAGACUGAAGAAGAAACAUGGAGGUAUUUCGAUUACCAAAAUAGUUGGUUAGCAAGACGUUGUAAUCAUGAUUUUCAAUAUAGGGAGGAAGAAUUUGAAAAAUUAUAA